AAUGAUGUUUUAUUUCAGAAUGAUUAUUCGAGACAACCAGUUGUGACAGAAUUGUCACUAAAGUAUGGAAUCGCAGGGAGUGAUCAAGUGCCUCUUCCAGCUCGCCUUGAUGAAUUACGUGAACACAUUCGCCGUGAAAUACGAAAGGAAUUGAAAAUAAAAGCUGGUGCCGAGAAGCUUCGUGAAGUAGCAUCAGGGCGUAAAGCAUUGUCGGAUGUUGCUAUAAUUGUAAAAAAAGCUAAUAGUAAAUUAAAUGAAUUGCAAGCUGAACUACAACAGCUCGAGAGUCAAAUAAUUUUGACUCAAGGACAACCGCAAGCAUCACAAAGAGACUAUUCUAAUGGUCAAGAUACACAAUCAUCACCUGUUGAUUCGUCAUCUCCAAGUCAAGAAGGACUUAUUACAGAUUUAAGACUUUUGUCUUUAGAAAAGCAGCUUAAUAUUGAAUUAAAGGUAAAACAAGGAGCUGAGAAUAUGAUUCAAAGUUUAACGAGUGGACAUAGAGAUAAAAAAUUAUUACAAGAAGCUCAGCAAAUGCUGGAUGAUUCUCGGGCAAAAAUAGAAUUUCUUAGAAUGAGAAUAAUGAAGGUUAGACAAGCAAGGCAACAACAGAAUGCUCGGGGUGAAUCGCCUUUUCAUAAUGGUGAAGCAACUGGAAAUAAAGAUAAGUAUGAACCAAGCUUGGAGUUGGCUCUUGAAGAACGAGUAGAAGAACUUCGUCAUAGAUUAAGGAUUGAAGCUGCUGUUGUAGAAGGAGCUAAAAAUGUUAUUCGUCUUCUACAAAGUGCCAAAGUUGCUGAUAAAAAAGCCCUUACUGAAGCUCAAGCAAGUCUUUCGGAGUCUAGUCGUAAGUUGGACUUGUUGAGAAUGGCAUUAGAUCUUAGAAGACAAGAGCUGCCACCUGAUAGUACUACUGCUGUUCAAUUAAAACGAGAAUUGGCAAAUGUUCAAUCUGCAAGUCCUUUACCUGUAACAUAUACAUCUCUUCAACCGUUUCGUGGACCUCUUGAAGGACGUACUGCUGUCCCGGUCUCUGUUUCACGAUGUGCAGCAGUUACCGGACAGUUAGAAGUAAGGUUAAUGGGUUGUCAAGAUCUUGCAGAAGAAGUACCAGGACGAACACGUCGUGAACAUCAUCCUGCUAGUCCAGAUCUCCGGAGUUUUGUAAAGGGUGUGACAGGACGUAGCUCGAGUAAAUCAUAUAGUGUUAAAGAUGAAAUUUGUAAUGACAUAAUGGCUGUCAUUAAAUUGGAUAAUCAAACGGUCGGUCAAACUAGUUGGCGACCAUGUUCGCAACAAGCUUGGGACCAAAGGUUCUCUAUUGAAUUAGAUAAAUCUCGUGAACUUGAAAUUGGAAUUUAUUGGAAAGAUUGGCGUUCACUGUGCGCUGUUAAAUUUUUACGUCUUGAAGAGUUUAUUGAUGACGUACGACAUGGUAUGGCGCUUCAGCUUGAACCUCAAGGUUUACUAUUUGCUGAAAUUAAAUUUCUUAAUCCUAUGAUUUCAAGAAAACCAAGACUUCAAAGGCAAAGAAAAAUAUUUAAACAACAAGCUAAAAAUUUCCCUAGAGCUAACCAAAUGAAUAUUAAUGUUGCUACGUGGGGAAGACUUCUUAAAAGAUCCGCACCUUCAUUACAUAACACGAGAAGUUCUGAAAGUCCUCCAUCAGGUGCACACGCGUUACAACUAACAUUUGAUACACCAGUUGAAGAUAAAGCCGAAACUCCUGGAGAAUUACCAGAUCCUGAGAAAGGAGGACUUAGUGGUACUCGUCCUUUAGGAAUGUCUUCAUCAUGUAACAGCUUGUCAACACAAAAUCAUCCGCCCUCACUUCCAUUAGCUCCACCACCACCACCACCACCUACAUCUUCGACAUCUUUAUCUAAAAAAUCUUCUACAAACUUGGCAGCUCUACCACAACCUCCUAAACUUGAUCAUGAUUUACAGAGUGCACUUAAGGAGUUUGAUUUUCUGCACAACGAGGACAAAAUGGGUGCAAAUUUAAGACCUCUUGUCACGGAGCCUCGCCCCGUACUGAUAGCGCCACCUUCUCCGCGCACUCCCUCGCCUCAACCUGUGAUCGAGUUCCCUGAAGAUGAGGUAGAUAGGAAUUAUAAAAAACAUUCAGUGGAGGAUGUUAGCAACUUUGAUGAAGAAUUCACGUCAGAAAAACCUCAUUUGACACCACCCAAAGAUCCACGACCGCUCAGUGAACUAGAACAAGGUCUAUUCCGCGAUUUUACAUACAUGGCUGAUUGGUGCUAA